AUGAAAGCAAUUCUGCCGAUUAUACUUCUCUUUGUUGUCGAUGUGUUCUCGCUCAACAGAACCUGGACUUCCGACCGGUCUGGAAGUGGCGCAAUCGGAAACGAAAGAGUCGCGGACUCUGAGGAAGGAAGAAAGAGUGCUGAUGUGAAAAAAUAUAAAGCUCUCCCUAUUUUCGGCGCAUUGUUACUCGGCGGUGUGGUCGGAUAUAACAUAGGAAGUCUACUCCGCCGCGGAUAA